AUUUGCCGUUCUGGGCUCCCGAGUCCCGUCUAAACACCAUCACACUCCUCUUUCCUCUUAGCUGCCAAUAUCAGAACCAAAAACUACUCUCUUUCUUAGGGUUUUUUCAAUUCGUUCCGAUCGAUCGCCAUGUACAGAAGCGCAGCUUCGCGUCUCAGAGCUCUCAAGGGUCGUGUGGGCAAUAAGUCACUAACCAGGUAUGCUAGUUCAAGUGCUGUUGCUACAAAGUCAUCUUCAUCAGGCAGUCUUUUUGGCUGGCUGACAGGGGAGAGGUCUAGAUCGCUCCCGCCUCUAGAAAUCCCCCUUCAAGGUGUUACCCUUCCUCCCCCACUGCCCGACCAUGUUGAACCGGGUAAGACUAAGAUAACAACUCUCCCCAAUGGUGUCAAAAUAGCAUCAGAAACAUCUGCGAAUCCUGCUGCCUCCAUUGGAUUGUAUGUUGAUUGUGGCUCAAUCUAUGAGACUCCUGUAUCAUUUGGGGCCACACACCUCUUGGAACGCAUGGCCUUUAAGAGCACAACAAACAGGAGUCACUUGCGCAUUGUGCGGGAGGUGGAAGCAAUUGGUGGUAAUGUGACAGCCUCAGCUUCUCGGGAGCAGAUGGGAUACACCUAUGAUGCACUGAGGACUUAUGUUCCUGAAAUGGUAGAGCUGCUCGUUGACUGUGUGAGGAACCCCGUCUUCCUAGAUUGGGAAGUCAAUGAACAGCUACAAAAGGUGAAAGCUGAGAUUGCAGAAGCCUCUAACAAUCCGCAAGGUCUACUUUUAGAGGCAAUUCACUCUGCUGGUUAUUCUGGUGCACUAGCAAAUCCCCUUAUGGCCCCAGAGUCUGCAAUCAAUAGACUAAAUAGUACAAUUUUGGAGGAAUUUGUGGCUGAAAACUAUACUGCUCCUCGAAUGGUCCUUGCAGCAUCUGGUGUUGAACAUGAGGAGCUAUUAAAAAUUGCAGAACCACUUCUGUCAGACUUACCCACUGUACCUCGUCCUCAAGAGCCAAAAUCUGUCUAUGCUGGAGGAGACUAUCGUUGUCAAGCUGAGCCAGGGAGAACUCAUUUUGCCUUAGCCUUUGAAGCACCUGGUGGGUGGAUUAAGGAGAAGGAUGCUAUGACUUUGACUGUUCUUCAGAUGCUGAUGGGAGGAGGUGGAUCCUUCUCAGCUGGGGGUCCUGGAAAAGGGAUGUAUUCACGGCUAUAUCUUCGUGUCCUGAACGAGUAUCCUCAGAUUCAGUCAUUUUCUGCAUUCAACAGCAUUUACAACCAUACUGGCAUAUUUGGUAUUCAAGCUACCACUAGCUCUGAUUUUGUAUCGAAGGCUAUUGAUAUUGCUGUCAAAGAACUUGUUGCCGUUGCCACACCUGGACAAGUUGAUGAGAAACAGUUAGAUCGUGCCAAGCAGUCAACAAAGUCUGCGAUUCUUAUGAACCUAGAAUCCAGAAUGGUUGCUUCUGAAGAUAUUGGCAGACAAAUUUUAACAUAUGGAGAGAGGAAAACUGUGGAGCAUUUCUUGAAGGCUGUAGAUGAGGUUUCACCAAAGGAUAUUGCUUCCAUAGCUCAAAAGCUGAUUUCUUCUCCCCUCACAAUGGCAUCUUACGGAGAUGUAAUUUAUGUCCCAAGCUAUGACGCAGUCAGCAGCAAGUUCCGCUCAAAAUGAAAUUCUUUGAUACUUAGUCGAGAACCACCUUUUGUCCGUAAUUCUUGGAGCAAAUGCAAACCUUUGAGUUGUCUUAUGGCCAGUGCUUUGGUAAAUAAGACAAUUUCCCCUAGUUAAAAAAUAAUGCAGCGACACAAGAAGGCACAGCAAUUUGGCGCCCAAUUUCUUUCUGUAUGCCUGUAUCUUUAUUGUCUGGGCAAGAGUCUUUUCUGAUUCUGACAAAACUCGGUUUGUCGGUGUAAUUGUUGAUUUUCAUGUUUAGAUGAAAUAUUGCCAUUUGCACGAAUCACAUUCUCUCAUUCAUUUUUCUGUUUUC